AUGGCUGGACUUCCUUCACAUUCUUGGGAGUUGGGAAGUUAUAGACCAGUGUUUCUCAACUGGUGGGUCGUGGAGUUUACAGGAGCUCAGGAGCGCAUUGACAGUCUGCGUCGUUCUGCUGUCAUUCAUGAGAAGCAGCCCGUGGUCUCGGUGGAAAACUUCAUCGCAGAACUCUUCCCAGACAAGUGGUUUGACAUCGGCUGUCUGAUCUUGGAUGAUCCAGGAAUCGGGAUUCACAUUGAGAUGUUCACUCAGGCUACACCUGUGGCCCUGGAGCACAUACAGCAGGCGCAGGCACUGACUCCACCAGACUAUAACCUGCGCUGGUCCGGUCUGCUGGUGACGGUCGGGGAGGUUCUGGAGAGAAGCGUGCCCAACGUCAGCCGCACAGACUGGCACCAGGCCUUCACUGGCAUGUCCCGCCGGCAGAUGAUCUACUCCGCCGCCAAGGCUCUGGCUGGCAUGUACAAACAGCGCUUGCCCUCCAGGACAGUGUGAGCGUCUUACGCCGUCACGUGACACAGACCACAGCUUCCCAGAAUCACACGGGAAUCCACAUCUCAUCCACAGAUGUCCUGUGUUCUCAGUGACGUCCCAUAACAAGACUGAGCCCACUCUAAACGCCAAAAGAAAAGUUAGAUCGACUGAGUUUCUGCAUCAGGUCUGAAUUAAACCAGUUACAGGGCAGAAUAACUAAUAUCUAACUUUUAAAUUAUUGAUUGAAUUGAAUAUUGUGUCCUUGAUGUAAUUUGAGUUUGAUUGAUAUUAGUAAUUGACAGCAUCCCAGUCUUUAUGAUGGAAAUUGGUGGAAAUGAAAGCACGUCUGCAUCUGAAGUCCUACAGCAGGACUGUCUCUGCACAACUCUUUACAAUGAUCAGAUCUCACCAAGGAAAAGAUGAUUCUCAGAUUUAUAAUGCUUGUGUUUAUAUUUACAAUCAAAUACUUUGACUUGCAGGUUAAGUUGAAUCGUUGAAAGUCAUAUCAAUAUUGUGAAUAUAUGUAAUUUUGAUGUUACGGUUUUGGAUCUAAUUUUAUAGUGUUUUCUUUUCAGCCUAAUCAUCAAACAUUGUUACAAUAUUGUGAUUGUCUGCAUGUCCGUUUCUUUCACAACUCAGUCCAUGUUAGUCAGCGUUUACGGCGGUCAGAUAAAUCAGAUCGCCAGCUCUGCUGCAUAUAUAAACAAACCUGUUACUGUAGAUGUUGUUACGUAAAACAAUCUUCCAUCAAUAUUGUCUGAAAUACGGCAGAUGGGUGUUAGCGAUGAUGUGCAGCUGGAUCUUUGGCUCAGAGUGACACAGGACUGAUAAACGCCUGAGCAUGACCUCUGAGUGACGUGGUGUAGCACAUGAAAACUGCGCUGUGUUUGCGCUCUCGUGGACCGAAAGAGUUGAUUACAAAUCUAGAACCGCCUGUCUUUAUAUGUUUGUUAUAUUUCUCCAAAACAACUGUGGAUGAUUUUAUUCCAUAGCAUUUUACAAUUGUGCCUUCAACCAGCAGAUGAGUAAAAUCUUUUUGUAAAGCA